AGCGGUCGGGUCGGGUGACUAGCGAACUACAUCUUGUAGCGUAAUCAAGCAAGAAGUUGAGUUUCCUUUUCCUUUCAGGCAAGCUCGUGGCCAAGAAGCAAGCAUGAGUACGCUGCGCUUACAAAAGCGGCUUGCUGCUGCUGUCUUAAAAUGCGGACGUAAGAAGGUCUGGCUCGACCCCAAUGAAACAAACGAAAUCGCAAACUCCAAUUCGCGUCAAAACAUCCGCAAGCUUAUCAAGGAUGGUUUGAUCAUUCGCAAGCCGGUCGCCGUGCACUCCCGCGCCCGGGUUAGGAAAAAUGCCGAGGCUCGUCGCAAGGGACGACACUGUGGUCCGGGCAAAAGGAAGGGUACAGCCAAUGCCCGUAUGCCAAGGAAGGUUAUCUGGAUUCGCAGAAUGCGUGUGCUUAGACGCCUGCUAAAGAAGUACAGGGAAGCCAAGAAGAUUGACAAGCACCUGUACCACGACCUGUACCGCAAGGCCAAGGGUAAUGUGUUCAAGAACAAGCGUGUCUUGAUGGAGUAUAUCCACAAGAAGAAGGCUGAGAAGGCCCGUGCUAAGCAGUUGAACGACCAGGCUGAGGCUCGGAGACAGAAGGUGCGUGAGGCAAGGAACAGGCGAGCUGAGAGAAUACAGCAGAAGAAAGCUGAAAUGUUGUCAUCCCUGCAGAAAGAGGAGGCAGUGGCAACUGCUAAGAAAUAAAUGGUUGCACUUUCUUUGGUUAUUAAAAUAUGAACGUACAGAA